AUGUUCAAUCUUCAAGCCCAAAAUAAUCGCUUGGCUCUCCUGACUGAUGAAGUCAUUGAGGAGAAGAAUGCGAGAUUUCGAGGGAUUGUCAAGGUUCCAAUUGACGAUCUCGUGUUUGCGCCGGACUUUUUGCCUUGUGAUUACAAUGUUAGUCCUGCAAAAGUUUCACGACUCAAGAGAAUUUUUAGGACAGAGGGUUGCAAUCGGAGCGAGCCUUCCAAUUUCAUGCUAGGCACUAUCAACGAGAAUGUUUUGUUGGAAGCUUUGCAAUUGUCGCAACUAACGCUGAAUGACCUUCAAGACUCGGAAAGACCCCGGAUGCUCUACCUUCCCAGAUUUCAAUACAUACGAUGUGCUAACGGGAGGAGCCGUGCCGCUGCUGUCCUAGACACACCGCGUCUUGGUACAUGGUGGACUGUCGAACUAUACGCUGACCUGAGCCCGAAGACAUUCGACAUCAUCGCAGAAAACUACGUCAAUGAAGGAGCCUUCUCUCAUGGGUAUAUAUGUGAACGAAUACUUCACCACCGUAUCAAAAGCCCAUCAGAGGAGAAACGGUGGUGGGCUCGACUCACUAAAAGUCUGAGUUGUAUCUUGAAAAGCUUGCUCAAACAUCCAACAAUCGCACCUCCACUCUUCGAACUCAUUCAAAAUAUCCCUGGUAUGCGAGACGGAUUCGAGAUUGGCACUUGGCACAAGAUUAUCGGAGGUAAAUGUGACGAGGGACGUUAUAUCUUCCAGAUGCGAAACGACUUUACUCAUUGUUUUCUAGGAGAGGCGUUGCUCUAUGUUGACAUAGACGAUGUGAGAGCAUUCCAGCUACGAGUUCCUGGUGUCUCACAGGUGGACUAUCGUUAUCUUGCCGGUCUCAUUGAAAGCGGCGUCGCAUUUAAGAGGCUAUCGAACACGGCAGAGAGAUCUCAACUACUCCGCCGAAUGAAGGACAUAAAGUACCUCUUACCUUCGAUCUAUACAUUGCAGAAAGACUUCAAAUAUCUUCGCCUAUGUACUGAUACGAUGAAACGGCUACUUUGUGGUAAAAAGAAGAUACCAUUUACCGUUCAGGUCCUGGCAUAUGAUGCUUUCUCGCAAAAAGCUCCUAUAGGACCCAACGAAGUAUUUUUCGAAAGAUUGAAGCGCUUGUAUAUAUGCAUCAUGCGUGAUUUAGUAGAGCUGACUGGCGAGUGGCCCCUAUUGGAAGACGGCGAAGAAUCACCCGAGGUGUGUUUCCGUCACCCUGAGAACUGGCACCGGUUGGCGCAAGAAGCGCGUCGUCUUGGUUUCGAGUCCGAUGAGAUCAGACGUCUAGCGGCGGAAAACCCAGACGACCAGGUGGCAUUGAAGGCUUUACAUGAUGCGAGGCCAUCUUCGUUGUACGAAUACAACCAGUUAGAAUUACAAGACAUUUUGAAUCGCAUAGUCAACGAGUUCAACAGAGCGAGACUACGAGUUAUGGAAGAAGAUCAAUCAACUUUCACAACCAUUGGGGCUGGGGAGCCGAUCGCACGCCGUUGUGGACGCCAAUACUCUGGGGCUUAUAAUCGCGACCGCUGGUCGUUUGAUCUGGUUGGGUUUUCUCAUCCUGUGUCUAAUAGUAGGGAUAUAACGUCUCUUUUCGUCCGCAAAUCCGUUUUUCACGCGUUUUGGAGACUCGACGAGGACCAGGAUGGAGAUGAACCUAUGCUUCAACCCACAGACUUAUCAUCCCCUUCCCGGAGAGAUGAUUCAUUCGAGCCCACAGAGGCACCUGCUGAUCCUGACACGUAUGACGAGCCCAUGAUGGAAAUGGAUAGCGAAGGCAGACAAACCAGGGUGAGGCAGUCUUCACGCCAGAGGGCCCAGAGAAGGUCGCUUGUAACGAAUAGGGGGCGAACAAAAGCAAAGUAUCCACUCAGGAAACAGAAGAUGCAUAGGAUGAAAAGCCGGAGAGCUGUUCAAAAGUUGCGAAGACAAUUGGCGACCCAGGGUUUGCCAAUCCAGCAGCAGUUGGCAAUCCAGCCACAAACAUCAACUGGACAACCGUUAGUGGUCCAAGACCGGGUGCAACUAGAGCGAAGAGGGACAGAUACACCUCGGCAACUAAGUGAAGGCAGUAUCAAUGUUUCUUCUUCCGCGAUGGAUCUGAUUGCUCCGUUCGGCCAGGAUGCGGAGAUGCAAAUUUUACGAUAUGACGGAGCUGGAUGGAGAGCAAGAUCUUGUCGCCGAGGGUCAAUUUCUCGCAUGAUCGACGAUGCCAAGAGUCAGCUUGGUGAAAUCGACUUUUACCAUCGGGAAGGCCGAGCUAUUGCAGAACACGAAAUAUCCCAAUAUCAGGUGAGGAGUUAUGACAUCAAGGCGAGAGCAGAACUAUAG